GCUAGCUGGGAAGCUCCCAGUUCUAAAGAGAGGCUGUUUACCAGAACAAGCAUAACAAGGGCUGGUCUGACUGCAAGACUGAGACUGGGAGGCAAAGCUACUGCCGAAAAGGACCCCAGUUGAAUACUGGUUGUCCGGAUCACCUAUACCACAGGAGGAGGGGAGGAUGCUGUUGAUCUGGGUACAAACAUUCCUCCUCAGCACCACGCUCAUAACAGAUGCCUACGGAUCUGGAGGCUGCCUCUGGGACAACGGCCACCUGUACCGGGAGGACCAGCCCUCACCCGCGCCCGGCCUCCUCUGUCUCAACUGGAGGGAUGCACCGGUCGGCCGGGCCCUGGCCACAGCCCCGGAGUUGGGCAUCGACAACCACAACUACUGCCGGAACCCAGACCGGGAUCCCCGCGGGCCCUGGUGUUACAUCAGCAGCGAGGCCGGUGCCCCUGAAAAGCGACUUUGCGAGGACCUGCGUUGCCCAGCAACCACUUCCCAGGCAGCCCCAACCUCUACAACAGAGCCAGAGGCGCCAUCUGAAAAAGUGUCAGAUGACCAGGAGGUGCAGGCAUUCCCUCCUGCCAACGCCCUGCCAGCCAGGAGGGAAGCAGCUGCAGUACAGCCAGUGAUUGGGAUCAGUCAGCGGGUUCGGAUGAGUUCCAAAGAGAAAAAGGACCUGGGAACUCUGGGCUCUGUGCUGGGCAUUACCAUGAUGGUGAUCAUCAUUGCCAUUGGAGCCGGCAUCAUUUUGGGCUACACCUACAAGAGGGGGAAGGACUUGAAAGAGCAGCAUGAGCAGAAAGUGUGUGAGAGGGAGCUGCAGCGCAUCACCCUGCCCUUGUCUGCCUUUACCAACCCCACCUGUGAGAUCGUGGAUGAGAAGACCAUCGUGGUGCACACCAACCAGACUCCUGUGGACCUGCAAGAGGGAAGCACCCCCCUCAUGGGCCAGGCUGGCACCCCUGGGGCCUGAGCCUCUCCAGUGGGCAGAAGCCCAUGCAGAUACUUGUGCAGAACAGCCCAACUUCCUACAGCUAGGAGGAUCUACAUCUUGUGUUGUGGUUACAGACUCUACCCCCACUGGUUUUUGUUUUAUUUUUUAUGUUUUGGGAAUCCUCGUGACAGAAGCAGGUAGCACUGUGGGCUGAGGGUGAGGCUGGGAAGAGUGCAGUGUUUCUCCUCCAUUCUUUGGAGCAGAGGACUUUUCCUGCCGGUGGAGAUAGCAGCGUAGCUCCCACAGCAGUGCUGCUGACAAGGGCUUCCAAACAUUGUCUGUGCCCCGCCCCCCCCUCCAGAUUUGAACCAGGGACAGACAAGGGGGGAGCUCUCCCAGACUCCUCUGUGCUUUACCAUCUAAGAUGGCCUACUCCACCUUUCCCGUUUGUUCUUCAUGAGCUUGAAUGGCGCACACUGUUAUUCAUAGUUAAGGUUAAGCAGGUCAGGAGGCAGCAUUGAAAAAAAAAAAUAUAUAUAUAUAUAGUUUUUUAAAUAUUUGAAAGGGAACUCCCUAUUCUGAGAACCGGAAAUGAGUUUGGAUGAAAGCCAGAACUUUGGACUGAAUGAAAUCUAGGCUGGGGCUAGCGGGUGUGAUCCAGCUCGAGGGCAGGAUGUGCCUUGACAACCAUGGGCCAGGCCUGGGCCCAAGGACUCUUCCUGUCUCAUUAAGGAAAGGAAGGGAAGAAUUGCACUAAACAUUCCACUUAGGAAGAGGAUAGAGAAGGAUCUGCUCCUGCCUUAGGCCUCAGGACAGAAAAUGGGGCUGGGGAUGCCCUAAAUCUUCUGGGGUGGACAGUGACCUCCCCUUUCAUUUUGCACUGAUAAGAGAGUAGCCAGCUGGGCACCCAUGGCAAUGACAUAACUUGGAUGUUUGUUGAGCAGCUGCUUAGAGGGGAACCUGGGAAAUAAGCUCAGAGACAAGGAAAAUAAAGCACUUCAGGGCUUGCCUUCCUUCAGUUGGGCCCUAGUUUGCAGGUAGCCCUGUGGCCCUACUACCACCACCAGGCCAGCACUUCCUACCAUCUGUAAAAUGGUCACAGAACCAUUGGAAAGGAUCUCGUUCUUCAAGCCUUUUGGAUGUAGGGCCCUGGUAGGGCUCACAGGUAGAGAGCAAGCUACCGACAUGGCCAAGAGAGCCCAGUUUCUGGAAUUGCGUGUGGUUGUACGUACACAGCACUGUGCUCGAAGCUGAGGCUUCCAAGUUCUGAUGUCACACUCGGAGGCCUUGGCAAUGUUCCCCAGCCAUAGGCCUUCCUGCCCAGAGCCCUGCCACUGCCUGAUGUGGAGGAGGUGGGUGAAUGGGGGGUGUCCAUUCCUAUCAGCAGGUUACUCCCAAGAGCCAUUGCGGAGGGAACCUAGACCUCAGGUCUAGAGUCCCUUGGUGUUAGCGAUGAUGGAGAUGAGAACAUUACUGGUUUCUACUUUUCUAUAAAAGCAUUUCUCUGUAUACAUGUUUGAUAUACCUCAUUCUGACACCUGUGUAUAAAGUACAGGAAAUUGCUCUGCAUUUGACUUCUAUAAAAAACAAGAAAAAAACAA